GUGAGACUAACAGAGCCUGCGACUGGUCUCAAAGAGGCAGCCACAGAGCAGACAGCAGACACCAUGGGAUCCCCUUCAGUCUCUACCCACAGAGGACUUGUCCUCUGGCAAGGGCUCCUGCUGGUUGUCUCAAUAUUAAACUACUGGUGCCCACCCACCACCGCCCAAUUUGCUGUUGUGCUGACCAAUGCUGCUGAAGGGACAAAUGUGAGCCUACAUCUCCACAAUACGCCUCCCGAUGUUUCAAGCUUUGUAUGGUACAGGGGAGAAGGGGCAAAGCCCUAUAACAAAAUUGCUACUUUUGAUGUAAACCAAAAAACACAUGUGAGAGGGCCUGCAUACACUGGGCAAGAAGAAAUACUCUAUGAUGGAUCAUUGAUGUUAACAAAUGUCACCCUGAAUGACACAGGAAACUACACUGUAGAGGUCUACCCGGGAGGCUCAGUGAGAGAAGUAAGGUUUGGACAGCUUCGUGUAUACGAGCUUGUGAAAAUACCCAUCCUUCUAGCCACCAACUUCACAAGCACAGAGGAGAAGGAUGUUGUGGUCUUUAUCUGUCACACAAAUGCAGUGUCCGUCCAGUGGUUGUUCAAUGGCAUGAAUCUGCAGCUCUCAGAGAGAAAGAAGCUGUCUGAGGACCACAGAAGCCUCACCAUAGACCCCAUCCAGAGGGAGGAUGUUGGUUACUACCGGUGUAGAGCCUCCAACCCCAUCAGUUAUGCUGAAAGCUGGGCCCUUGAGUUGCAAGUGCAACAUGACUGACC